AUGGCGGGAAUGGAGUCGAUUUACUCUGCUACCUACAGCAGUGUCCCGGUGUAUGAGUUCAAGAUCGAUGGCGACAGUGUAAUGAGACGACGAGGGGACGACUGGGUCAAUGCUACGCAUAUUUUGAAAGCUGCCGGCUUUGAUAAGCCUGCAAGAACUCGAAUCCUGGAACGAGAGGUCCAAAAAGGCGUACACGAGAAGGUUCAGGGUGGCUAUGGCAAAUACCAGGGAACAUGGAUCCCACUUCCAGAUGGUCGCAUGCUUGCAGAACGCAACAAUAUCCUUCCGAAACUGCUUCCAAUUUUUGACUAUGUCGCUGGGGACCGCAGUCCUCCCCCAGCACCAAAACACACUUCAAACGCUUCAAAGCCAAGAGCACCGCGAAAAUCUACCAAUCGUACGGCCGCCGCUGCCCCGGAGAUAUUCAAUGUGGUUCAGCCCCAGCGGAGCAUGGGUCCUCCCACUUUGCCUCAUGAGCAAUAUGAGAUGAGUGCUGCAUUUGAUGAUAACGAGUCAAUUGAACAAGCCACCCUCGAGUCCUCAUCCAUGGUGGCAGACGAAGAUAUGUUGCAAAUGUCUCAACACGGGGCCCGCAAGCGGAAGCGGGGGAUGACUGAGGCGGCUGUCAUGUCCAUUAGUGAGCAGGAGCAUAUCAUCUAUGGUGAUCAACUCCUGGACUACUUCAUGACUGUAGGGGAUGCCCCUCAGGCGACUCGGGUCCAGCCUCCUGAACCCCCAGCCCAUUUUCAAGUAGAUCGAGCGAUUGACGACUCUGGCAACACUGCCUUGCAUUGGGCUUGCGCGAUGGGAGAUCUAGAAAUCGUUCAGAAUUUGUUGCACAGAGGAGCUGAUGUCAAAGCGCUGUCCAUACACGAGGAGACGCCGCUUGUGCGUGCAGUGUUGUUUACCAACAACUACGAGAAGCGAACGUUCCCCGCGCUUCUAGACAUGUUACUCGACACCGUCUCCUUCCGAGAUUGGUUUGGAGCCACUCUGUUUCACCAUAUCGCCGAGACCACCAGAAGCAAAGGCAAGUGGAAGAGCUCGAGGUAUUAUUGCGAGGUACUCCUUGACAAAUUAUGCAAGACUUGUUCGCAGGAUGAGAUUGAUCUUCUAUUAUCAUGUCAAGAUGAUAAUGGCGACACCGCUGCCUUGGUUGCUUCACGCAACGGCGCUUUUCGUCUCGUGAAUAUGCUUCUUACCCACUGUCCCCGGGCCGGAGAUCUCAUGAAUAAGAAAGGAGAGACAGCCACAAGUAUCAGCCAACGGUCACAUCUGGCUGAUCAUGACAUUCCACCCGCCCCUUCAUCUGUAACCAUGGCAAAUGACCAAUUCGAUGGGAUUGGAGGUGAUUUGAUGCCUUCUGAUCGCCAUUCAGCGGUUCCACCUGUGGAAUCCGCAACAACAUCUGACCUGCUUUCUAAGAUCGGCACGAUAAUGGCCGAAGCAAACAAAAAGCUUGCUGUGACAUACGGCAACUCGAAAAUUGACCAGCAAGACUCAAAUGACGUUGCAAACCCUGAAGCAUUGUUCGAGCAGCUGGAGUCAGAUCGUCAGAAAAUUCAAAAGCAAGUGGCCGCUCUGGCUGCAAGGGAGAUUGAACAAGAGCCUAGUGAAAGUCAACUUGGUCGAUAUGAGAGGCUUCGUGCCAAUUAUGAGUCCCUUGUGGAACAGAUGCAGUAUGCUCAUCUGUCCCAGAAAUUAAGAACAGGGGCACCUUCAGAACCCCCGACUCCAGAUCUGUCCUCUCUCAAACAGGAUGAGCUGGUUAUUCGAUUCCAGCUUGCACACGAUUUGGUAACAGCUCAAAAGAGACGCCAGUCUACUGUCAAACAGCUUGCUCAGCAGACCGCGGAUGCUGGCGUGAGUACCAAGUUCGAUGUGCACCGUAGGCUUGUGGCGCUCGCAACCGGCCUGAAGGAAGAAGAGCUUGAUCCGAUGGCAGCUGAGCUGGCUGAGACUCUCGAAUUCGAUCGCAUGAACGGCAAGGGCACAUCCCCAGAACCAGAGCCCCGGCACUUGCCAUCUCAGAAUGAGGUGACCACGCUCCCUUCAGGACCUGGUGUUCCUGUCGAUGCCUAA